ACUACCUAGCUUUCACCAACAUUGUUUAUUUCACAAUGCAUUUGUGCCGACAAUCAGUAUUAAACGAUUUCUGCAACCAAAUCAAUAUCUAUGUUUCUGCCGCCGGUUGACCAUUAUACUGGAUCUCUUGACCAUGGCAGUCGAUGAGCCACCCGUUCCUGACGAAUUCUUUCUGUCUCCUGAAACGCGUAUCAUCCAAGCCAAAGGUGAAUUCGUGGCUGCUGGUAUAACUUCACUAGUGGAGCGAUUGCCAAACGGCGAUAUUAUCAAGACACCAUGGGACGAUUCUGCCCGAGGGGAUUGUGUGCAAGACCUAAUCACCGAGGCGAAGAUCUAUCAAAGAUUGGGCGAACAUCCGCGGCUGGUGAAGCUUCGAAAUUGGGACUCUGUGCAACACACAAUGACAAUGGAGUAUAUGCCACAUGGCACGCUGCAGCAGUACAUCGAAAACCAUUAUAAAGAUAUUUCACGAUCCCUACAGCUCCAAUGGGCUCGACAGGCAGCUGAAGGCCUGCAACUUCUCCACGCAUCCGACAUUCUUCACUGCGAUGUUGGUCCACAUAACUUCCUGUUGGACGCAUCACUUGAUUUAAAAAUUGCCGACUUCAGUGGUUCAUCAGUAAACGGCUCCUGCGCCUCUGUCUGUCCCAGAUCCCGGUACCGAGCUCCUGAUCCCGAUUGGUGCCCAGGCAAGCCGCCAAGGUUAAGAGAAGAUUUAUUUGCUCUUGGCUCUGUUUUUUACUUUAUUUUCACCGGCAACGCACCAUUCCAUGAUCUUGAGGAGGACGAUGUUGAAAGAAAUUACGAGGCUGGCAUUUUUCCUGAUUUGUCGGAGGUUCUGUGCUCCGAUGUUAUCACUCUGUGCUGGCAGCAGCGCGCUGGUUCCACACAACAGUUAUAUGAGACUAUCGAACGACUCUGUGUCUCGGAAAAUAUGUAGGGAAGGUACUACAAAAUCAGGCCGAUUUAGCCAAGCCUAUAGCAUUUCAUUAGUAAGGAUAAAGGGCACAAGAACAGCCGACGAUAUGCAGGUCCCAUACUACAUCAUGUGCAUAGAACAGGAUGAGACAUGAACAAUCACUGGAUAUUCACGAACAGACAAAGGAACAAAUAACGUGUAAAGUUUGAGUUGGUGCAGUCAUUGACGCUCUCAUUAACAUGGCGUGAGAGAUCGACAAAGACUUAUAGAAUAUAACCCAAUAUGUACAACAUAUAGAUAUAGAUGAG